GGGUGAUUUUUACAGAUGAAAACAGACAAUAUCGUAAUUCUAUUAAUAUUUUUAUUUUAUUUUUCAAUAAAGGGGUAUAGUGAAAAAAGUGGGACUGUGCUUAGAAUCACCCCAAAUCCAAUCGCCCGAUUCCCCCACUCCCAGACCCAGUUCCCCUAUCGGCAUUCCGCAGGAAGCAAGCAGCAGCCGCGCCGCCGCCUGCCCGCGUCGCCGACCGCGCAUUUCGCCGGAAGCAAGCAGCAGCAGCAGCGCCGCCUCUUCUCCAGCGCGUCGCGCCUCCUCCGAGUUCCGGCACUCGGCGGCUCCGGCAGAGCUGAACAUCUUUGGGGUGAGUAAUUUCUUGGUUUGACAUGAAGGAAGAGGAUAUAAACAGGUGCCAGAUUCAGGAAUGGUUCCCAAAAUUCAAAUCCAUAACCAUAAAAACUUCAAUUCACAAGCUUCCUGAGUCCUUUGUCCAAUACCUUACUGAUGAUUCUGGUGCAUUUCUGCUGCCUCUUUCAAUCACAAAUGAUGAUGCCUUGCCGAAUAGAAUCCACAAACCCGAGGAAGAGGAAGAUUUUGUUGUGUCGGAGGGAUCUGGAGACGAAGCAGAGGAAUCCAUGCCGGCCCCCUCGUUCCCUGAAUUAGAAACAGAGAUUAAAGCAUCCAUUGAAUCUCUAGGGGGUGCUGUCUUUCCUAAGCUCAACUGGAGUUCGCCUAAAGACGCAGCGUGGAUCAGUUCUACUGGGAGUCUCAGAUGCACCAAUUUCUCCGAGAUUGCUCUCUUACUACGAUCUUCAGACUCAGUCGUCCAUGAUCUCUUCCAUGCAUAUGAUUCCUGCACGGACAAGACUGCAUCAAGGCCUUCAACUUUCUACCUUGCACUCCGGAAAUGGUAUCCUUCGCUGCACCCUGAGAUGGAGUUCCGUUGCUUUGUGCUCGAUAAAGCCCUUGUUGGUAUUUGUCAGCGGGAGGUGACUAACUUUUACCCUGCUCUUGUUGAAAAGAAGAGUGAGUUGAAAAUGGUGGUUGAACAGCUUUUCUUAGAUAAGAUAAAGGAGGGAUUUGAAUCUGAGAGCUAUACGUUUGAUGUGUAUGUUAUGAAAGAUGGGAGAGUUAAGAUUUUGGAUUUCAACCCGUGGGGUGCGUCUACGCUUCCCUUGCUUUUCACUUGGGAGGAGUUGGAAGAGAUGUCGGGUAAUGAGUUAGAGUUGAGGAUUGUUGAGACUCGUUGUGGUAUUCGCCCGGGUUUGAAAACUGCAGUUCCUUAUGAUUAUUUGGAUACCAGUGAAGGGAGCGGCUGGGAUCAAUUCCUGAGGAAUGUUGAUGUGGAGCUGCAGAAGCAGACGUUGUCGUCGUUUUCUAAAGCAGGAGGGUGAAGGAAAUAGUGGAAAUGCCUAGUUUGCCUUGCUCAUGUUGAUUGCUUAAUAGUUGGAGUUAUUUUUGCAGGGAUCUAAAACUUUUUUUUCAAGUUUUAAGUGGUGGAACACUGUCAGAUAGGAGAUAUCACAUAAUUGUUGUUAUAAUUAUUUGACUUUCAUAUAUGUUGAUUGGAUGCUGAUCAGUUUAGGUCACCGUUACUAGGAUCUUGUAAGUGGGUGAUUUGGAAAUAUUCAUGUUUAACCAA